AUGGAGAGUGGUGGACCGAAGGUGCUGGAAACAGCAGAGCAGAUCCAGGAAAGGCGUCAAGAGGUGUUAACUCGCUACAGAAGGUUCAAGGAGCUGGUUGCUGAGAGGGGUCAGAAGCUUGAAGAUUCCUAUCACUACCAGGUUUUCAGACGGGAUGCAGAUGACCUAGAGAAGUGGAUCUUGGAGAAACUCAAGAUUGCCGAUGAUAAGAGCUAUGAAGAUCCGACUAACAUACAGGCCAAGUAUCUGAAGCAUGAGUCCUUCGAGGCAGAAGUACAAGCAAAAUCAAGGGUCAUUCCUGAACUGGAAGAAAUCAGGGAAACCCGAUUUGCUGAGGGGCAUUUUGCCCACGAGGACACCAAGGCCCAUCUGGAAGAGCUGCGCAGACUAUGGGACCUGCUGCUGGAGCUGACUCAGGAGAGGGGCGUCCUGCUGCUGCGGGCCCUGAAGCUUCAACAGUACCUGCAGGAGUGCGCUGACAUCCUGGAGUGGAUUGGAGACAAGGAGACCAUAGUGACGUCCGUGGAGCUGGGUGAGGACUGGGAGCGCACCGAGGUUCUGCAUAAGAAGUUUGAGGAGUUCCAAGCAGACCUGGAAGCUCGACGGGAGAAAGUGGAAGGAAUAAACCAGUAUGCCAGAGAGUCCGCCGAGGAGAACCAUCCUGAGCUGCCCUUGAUCAAGCUGAAGCAGGAUGAGGUGAACGAAGCCUGGGAACGUCUCCUCAAUCUGGCUCUGCAGCGGCAGGAAACGCUGUCCAGUGCCGCAGACCUCCAGCGGUUCAGAAGGGAUGUGACUGAAGCCAUUCAGUGGAUCAAGGAGAAGGAGCCUCAAGUCACCUCUGAGGACUAUGGCAAAGACCUUGUUACCUCUGAGGCCCUGUUUCAUAGUCACAAGGGCCUUGAGAGGAACCUUGCAGUCAUGGAGGACAAGGUGAAGGAGUUAUGUGCCAGAGCAGACAAACUGAUGCUUUCCCAUCCUCCAGAGGCAUCUCAGAUCCAGCAGAUGAAAGAGGACCUAGUCUCCAACUGGGGGCACAUUCGAGCCUUGGCUACCAACAGAUAUGCGAAGCUGGAGGCUUCUUAUGGGUACCAGAGGUUCUUAUCUGACUAUGAGGAGCUCUCAGGCUGGAUGAAGGAGAAGUCUGCUCUGAUCAGUGCUGAUGAGCUGCCCACAGAUGUGGCUAGUGGGGAGGCCUUGCUGGACAGGCAUCGACAACACAAGCACGAGAUUGACUCUUACGAUGAGCGAUUCCAAUCUGUCGAUGAGACUGGUCAGGCUCUGCUAGAUGCUGGUCAUGAAGCCUCCGAUGAAGUUCGGGAAAAGAUGACAGCACUUGCCAAUAGCUGGGCAGCCCUGCUGGGGCUGUGGGACCAGAGGCAGCUUCAGUACCUGCAGUGCCUGUACCUGCACCUCUUCUAUCGCGACAGCGAGCAGGUGGACAGCUGGAUGAGCAGACAAGAGGCCUUCCUGGAGAAUGAGGACUUGGGGAACUCCCUGGGCAGUGUGGAAGCCCUUCUUGAGAAGCAUGAUGACUUUGAAGAGGCCUUCACCGCCCAGGAGGAGAAGAUCACAACCGUCGACAACAAUGCAACGAAGCUGAUCAACGGUGGCCAUUACGACUCUGAGAACAUCGCUGCUCUGCGGGAUAGCCUCUUGGCCCGGCGGGACGCCCUACGUGGGAAGGCGGCCACUCGGCGCAAACUCCUGGAGGAUUCCCGGCUUCUGCAGAAACUCUAUGAAGAUUCAGAUGACCUAAAGAACUGGAUCAAUAAGAAGAAGAAGUUGGCAGAUGACGAAGAUUACAAGGACAUACAGAACUUGAAGAGCCGCGUUCAAAAGCAAGAAGAGUUUAAAAAUGAAUUGGAAGAUUAUCAACGCCUGCUCGAUACACUGGAGAAAACUGGCCAAGAGAUGAUUGAGGCUGAUCACUACGCCUCGGACAAGGUGGCCGAGCGUGUGGAUGAGGUGGUCAGUCUCUGGAAGGAGCUGCUGGCAGCUACAGAGCAGAAAGGGAACCAGCUGCACGAAGCCAACCAGGAGCUGCAGUUCAAGAACACUGCAGAAGACCUGGAGCGCUGGCUGGGGGACGUAGAGCAGCAGGUGGCCUCCGAGGACUACGGAAAAGGCCUGUCUGAUGUACAGAACCUACUCAGGAAACACGGCUUCCUGGAGUCUGCUGUGGGCGUCCAUCAGGAUCAGGUGGACACCCUCACAGACCUGGCGGUAUAUUUUGAAAAAAUAGACCAUCCUGAUGCUGGAGACAUAAAAGCAAGGCAGGAGUCUCUAGUGUCCCGGUUUGAAGCUCUUAAGGAACCACUGAGCACCCGGAAAAAGACGCUCAUUGACCAUCUCCUCCUGCACCAGAUCUGCAGGGACACAGAGGAUGAGGAAGCCUGGAUCCAAGAGACUGAGCCCUCAGUGGCUUCCACCUACCUUGGCAAGGACCUGAUUGUCUCCAAGAAGCUUCUGAACAGACACCAAGUCAUCCAGGAUAACAUUGCCAGUCAUGAGCCAAGCAUCCAAGCGAUAACAGAGAAGGGAAACAAAAUGGUAGAGGAAGGGCACUUUGCUGCAGAAGAUGUGGCCUCUAGGGUCAAGAGUUUGAAUGACAAUAUGGAGUCUCUCCAGGCUCGGGCUGGCAGACGGCAGAAUGAUCUUGAGGCCAAUGUCCAGUUCCAGCAGUAUCUGGCUGACCUGAAUGAAGCAGAAGCAUGGAUUCAAGAGAAGGAACCUAUCGUAGACAACACUAACUAUGGGGCUGAUGAAGAAGCAGCUGGGGCUCUUCUGAAGAAGCACGAGGCCUUCCUGGGGGACCUGAGUGCCUUCGGGAACAGCAUGCAAGCCCUGCGGGACCAGGCGGCGGCGUGCCAGCAGCAGCAGGCCGCGCCUGUGGAGGGAGCCGCUCGAGAACAGAGGGUAGUGGCUUUAUACGACUUCCAGGCCCGCAGCAACCGCGAAGUCACCAUGAAGAAAGGCGACGUCUUAACUCUGCUCAGUUCCAUCAACAAGGACUGGUGGAAGGUGGAAUCUGGUGACCACCAAGGCUUUGUGCCUGCUGUCUAUGUCAGGAAACUGGCCCAGGACGAACUGCCCCCGCCCCCGCAGCGGCAACGAGAAGACCCGAGCAGCAUCGCCCAGCGCCAGGAGCACAUUGAGAACCAGUACCGCUCCCUCCUUGAGAGGGCAGAGGAGCGCAGGCGGCGUCUGCUGCAACGCUACAACGAGUUUUUGCUGGCCUACGAGGCGGGCGACAUGCUAGAGUGGAUCCAAGAGAAGAAGGCAGAGAACACUGGGGUGGAGCUAGAGGAUGUCUGGGAGCUGCAGAAGAAGUUCGACGAGUUCCAAACGGAUUUGAAGGCCAAUGAGCCUCGGCUGAGGGAUAUCAACAAGGUGGCCGAUGAUCUUCUAUUCGAAAAGCUUCUAACACCAGAAGGAGCUCAAAUACGGCAGGAGUUGAAUACUCGCUGGAACUCCUUGCAGAGCCUCGCGGAGGAGCAGCGCCAGCUGCUGGGCAGUGCCCACGCUGUCCAGGUGUUUCAAAGAGAAGCAGAUGAGAUGAAGGAGCAGAUUGAGAAGAAGCGCCAGGCCCUCCAGGUGGCCGAUCCCGGCUCAGACCUGUUCAGCGUUCAGGCCCUUCAGCGGCAGCAUGAGAUCUUUGAGAGAGACUUCAUGCCUCUGGGAGAAAAGGUGACCAUGCUGGUGGAGACAGCAGAGCGGCUCAGUGAGUCCCACCCAGAUGCUGCUGAUGACCUGCGGAGGCAGGGAACAGAGCUGAAGGAGGCAUGGGACAACCUGCUGAAGGGCUCGGAGGAGCGGAAGGAGAACUUAAAUGAGGCCCAGAAAUUCUACACCUUCCUUAUGCGAGCCAGGGACCUGGAGAACUGGAUCAGUAACAUUGGUGGCUUGGUGUCCUCAGAGGAGCUGGCUGAAGAUUUAAUCGGCACGGAGAUCCUGCUGGAGAGACACCAGGAGCGUCGUGCUGACAUGGAGGCUGAAGCGCCCACCUUCCAGGCCUUAGAAGACUUCGGUGCAGAACUUAUAAGCAGUGGGCACCGUUCCAGUCCUGAAAUUGAAGAAAAGCUUGAGGCGGUCAGGCUAAAGAAGGACGACUUGGAGAAAGCCUGGAAACAACGCAAGAGGAUAUUGGAUCAGUGUCUGGAGUUGCAGUUGUUCCACGGGAGCUGUGAUCAGGCUGAGAGCUGGAUGCUGGCGCGCGAGAAUUUCCUGAGGUCAGAAGGCCAUAGUUCCUUAGACACUCUAGCGGCCUUGGAGAAGAAACGGGAUGAUCUGGACGAAGCAAUCGCUUCCCAGGAAAACAAGAUCACUGAGCUAGACCAUGUUGUAGAGCGGCUCAUAGAGGAUGACCACUAUGCCAAGGAGGAGAUUGCUGCUCGGUUCCAACGGGUGCAAGACAGAUGGAAUGCUCUCAAAGAACUGCUGACUGCUGAGCUGAAAAAACUUGGUGCCUAUGCUGACCUCAAAAAAUUCCACCAUGACCUUGAGGACCUGGAGGAAUGGAUCAGCGAGAUGCUACCCAUAGCCUGCGAUGAAUCCUACAAAGAUCCCACCAACAUUCAGAGAAAAUUCCUGAAGCACCAGGCUUUUGAAAAAGAGGUCCUGGGCCGAGCUGAUGAGGUAGAGGGAGUCCUCAGACUGGGGGAAUCUCUGAUUGACCAGAAGGCAUGUGACAUCAGUGAAGAGACCAUGAAGGGUCAAUUGAAAGAGCUGGAAGACCACUGGAACUACCUGCUUGAGAAGACAACUGACAAAGGACAGAAGCUCGAAGAGGCGAGUCGCCAACAGAGGUUCAACACGGGCAUCCAAGACUUUAAGUUCUGGCUCUCAGAGGCGGAGACACUGCUGGCCAUGAAAGAUCAGGCCAGGGACUUAGCUUCAGCAGGAAACUUGCUCAAGAAACAUCAGCUGUUGGAAACAGAGAUGUUGGCCCGAAAGGAUGCACUCAAGGAUCUGAAUGAGUUGGCUGCUGAACUGCUCUCCAGUGGGACUUUCAAUGUUGACCAGAUUGUGGAGGAAAGGGAUAAUGUCAACGAGCGCUUCCUGAAUGUCCAGGAUUUGGCAGCUGCACACCAUGAGAAACUCAAGGAGGCCUAUGCCUUGUUCCAGUUCUUCCAGGACCUAGAUGAUGAGGAAUCAUGGAUAGAGGAGAAGUUGUUACGUGUGAGCUCCCAGGACUAUGGGAGGGACCUUCAGGGGGUUCAGAACUUGCUGAAGAAGCAGAAGCGCCUCGAGGGGGAGCUGGUUGCCCACGAGCCCACCAUCCAGAGUGUGCUGGAUGCAGCAGACAGACUGGGAGAUAAGGCUGCUGUGGGGCAAGAGGAGAUCCAGGAGCGGCUGACUCAACUUUUUCAACACUGGGAGGAGCUCAAAGAGUUGGCCGCUGCUCGAGGGCGUCGGCUGGAGGAAUCCCUGGAGUACUUGGAAUUCCUGCAGAAUGCGGAGGAGGAGGAAGCUUGGAUCAGUGAGAAGGAAGCUAUGGUUACCCGAGGGGGCUCUGGAGACACACUGGCCAUGACCCAGAGCUUGCUAAAGAAGCACGAAACCCUGGAAAAUGACUUUGCUGUCCAUGAGACCCGAGUGCAAGACAUAUGUGCUCAAGGAGAAGACAUCUUGAAUAAGGAGAAAAGUCAGCAAAAGGAGAUUUCUGCCAAGAUAGAGUCUCUCAAAGAAAAGAUCCCUUCUCUGUCCAUGGCCAUAAAAGCUUGGAAGUUGCAACUGGAAGACGAUCACGCCUUUCAGCAGUUUAACUGGAAGGCUGACGUGGUGGAGGCCUGGAUAGCUGAGAAGGAAGCAAGUCUGAAGACCAAUGGCAAUGGGACAGACCUCGCUGCCUCCCUCACUCUCCUGGCAAAGCAGGACACUCUGGAUGCCAGUCUGCAGAGUUUCCAGCGAGACAGACUGUCAGAGAUAACUGACCUAAAGGACCAACUGGUGGCUGCUCAGCACAGUCAGACCAAAGCUAUUGAGCAGCGCCAUGAUGCUCUGCUGAGGCGCUGGGAACAGCUGUUGGAAGCCUCUGCAGCCCACAAAGAGAAGUUGCUAGAGAAGCAGCUGCCCCUACAGCAGGCUGAGGAGCUGUUCAUGGAAUUUGCACAAAAGGCUUCCGCUUUCAACCAUUGGUGUGAGAAUGCCGAGGAGGACCUGUCGGAGCCUGUGCACUGUGUCUCCCUGAACGCAGUCCGGCAGCUGCAGAAGGAUCAUGAGGCCUUCUUGGCCUCCUUGGCCGGGGCCCAAUCUGACUUCAACAAUCUGCUGGAGCUGGACCAGCAGAUUAAGGCCUUAAAUGUGCCCUCCAGCCCUUACACGUGGUUAACGAUGGAGGUGCUAGAGAAGUUCUGGAAGAACCUGUCUAACAUCAUCAAGGAACGGGAGCAGGAGCUGCAAAGGGAAGAAGCGAGACAGGUCAAGAACUUUGAGAUGCGUCAGGAGUUUGAGCAGAAUGCCAGCGCCUUCCUUCAGUGGAUCUUGGAGACCAGGGCUUAUUUUCUGGACGGGUCUUUGCUCAAAGAAACAGGAACUCUGGAAUCCCAGCUGGAAGCAAAUAAACGGAAGCAGAAGGAGAUCCAGGCCAUGAAGCGCCAGCUGACCAAGAUUGAGGAUCUGGGAGACAGCCUGGAGGAGGCACUGGUCCUGGACAUUAAGUACAGCACCAUCGGGCUGGCCCAGCAGUGGGACCAGCUCCACCAGCUGGGGAUGAGGAUGCAGCACAACCUGGAACAACAGAUCCAAGCCAAAGACACCAUAGGUGUGAGUGAGGAGACACUAAAGGAGUUUAGCACAACAUAUAAACAUUUUGAUGAGAAUCUGACCGGGCGCCUGAGCCACAAAGAUUUCCGGUCCUGCUUGAGAGGGCUCAAUUACUACCUGCCCAUGGUGGAGGAGGAUGAACCUGAGCCCAAGUUUGAGAAGUUCUUGGAUGUCGUCGAUCCGGGGAGGAAGGGCUAUGUCUCCCUGGAAGACUACACCUCAUUCCUGAUCGACAAGGAGUCCGAGAACAUCAAGUCCAGUGAUGAAAUCGAGAAUGCUUUCCAAGCCCUGGCAGAAGGCAAGGCCUAUAUUACCAAAGAGGACAUGAAGCAGGCCCUAACCCCAGAACAAGUGCAGUUCUGUGCCUCACAUAUGCAGCAGUAUGUGGACCCACGAGCAAAAGCCAUCUUGCUGGCUAUGACUAUGUGGGUUUCACCAAUUCCUUCUUUGGAAACGGAGAAGCAGCUUUUCCUGAAUCAUAGCAAAUCUUGGUGUGGUGGGAAGUACUGGGGGAGGAAGGAGACAGCAGUCAAGACUUACCCACCCUUCAGGAACACAUUCGAGUACAACAUUAGACAUGAAACCUCUGAUUCUCCGUGCAAUUAA